AUGCGACCUGUUCUGCUUCUCUCACUGGGCGCUGCCCUGAGCCUUGCUGCUCCCGCCGCCAUCGUGCCAUCUCACGGCCUUCAAAUCGACGACAGCGACCUUCUCAAGGUUCGCGAGGAGACCACUAUCCAUAUCGACGACAGUGAUCUUAUGAAGGUGCGCCAUGUCUCCUCAGAGCCCGAGCAGCCUUCGCGGCCGGCACAUGAAGGCUGCAUCUUGAUGCACUUCUUCCACGCUGCCCCGCGAUAUCUUUCGAAAUCCUUGGGCCGUGUCGAGACCGUUGGCGCAAACUCGAGGCUUCUCCCUGUUUUCUGGUUCAACAAGAAGACUGGCGAGGAAGAUGGCCAGGCAACGGCCACUUCCCUAGAGACCACCGAAGACAGCGAAUCAAAGCACGGUGGUGAUAUUCUGUAUCUGGCUGAUGGAGAGCAUCAAUCAUUGGGACGACACAAUCGCCAUCAUCGCCAUCACCGCCACCACCGUCACCGCCACCCAAUUAUCCAUACCGUAAUGGUCUGGGCACAUAUCAUUUCUUUCUUGUUUCUGAUUGGCUUCACUGUUAUUUACCUCGUCAGCUUCGUCCUUAGCAAGACAUGCGAUGACUCCGAGGAGCCUGAGGAAGAAAAGGGGCAAGAGCGAGUUUUCCUCGACGAGAAGAAGGCCCUCGGCCUCAUUGAGGAGGUGUAG